AUGAGCACGACUAAUCUCUACACAGCGGGAGACGGUCUGUUCGGUACUCAUGUCACACUGGAGGACAUCGAACAGGAUAUGCAAAUAGCCCUAAACACCACUGCGUCGUUUGGAGCUAACGUAUCUGUCGAUGAUAUAGGAGAAUACAAGAGUUUCAUGUCUAGGAUUGUACUCGUUGAGCCGGACUGGCAGCCUAUGGAUAAGGAACUCCCAGAGAAGCUCUUAGUUAAGAUUCCUACUCAACUUGUAAUGCAAAAGAUUUACGAUGAAAUCGGAAAGGACACAGGAGAAAAUCACAAAUUCAAGGAUCCAGACUUCAGGGCCAGAUUCGAGGCCAGCGAGAAACGUGUUUAUAUUAUUGUGUGA